CUUUGCGGAGGCCGCAGCGGUGUCUCCUGGGGAACAGUAAUGGCGGUGCCGCUGCCAGAGCGGCUGUUCUCCCUGGAGCUGCUCGUAGAGUGUGUGCGCCUUGAAGCCGGUGUGUUGCCGUCGCCCGUGGUUGCAGUGCAGGAGGAGGGGGCCUCGCCGCCCCGGGCAUCGGGCUCCCUCUGUCCAGCGGUAGCCUUCCGCCUGCUGGACUUCCCCACGUUGUUGGUUUACCCUCCUGGCGGCCCCGCCACUCCGGCCCCGGAACCCCGGCCCGGCGUGGUCAGCUUCGGUCGCGGCAAGUCCUGUCUCUUUCGCCUGCACCCCGCCACCCUGCACCGCCUGCUCCUUCGGACCCCGCUCUACGCGCUGCUCUUGCAGCUGCAUCCCGGGAGCCCAACGCCCGCCCCGCAGCUCCUGGGUAGCUGUGGCAUCUCGCUGGCCGCUGCAGUCUCAAAGGUCCUGGGGCCGACCGCGUCCGUCUGCUCGCAGGGUCAUCGAGGAAGCUACCCUUUGGUCAACCUAAUGGGGGAGCGGAUUGGGGACAUUGCCCUGGGCUACCGUUUGACUGACCUGGGGAGCUGCUUGCUGGGUCAUCUUGAGCUGCCCAUCACUUCCACCCGAGGGGGACUGCAGCAGGUAGAGGGGCAGAAGGCCGGUGAGGUUAGUUCCCAACCCCUGCAGGAAAAACAGCAGCCAAGGCAGGUAACCGCACAGCCAACCUCAGGAGAUGAUAGGCACCCGGUGAAUUUAAAACUCACAAAGUCACAGAAGAAUUUAAAGGAAAUAGUUUCCCACCGUGAUGCCAGCUUUGAUUACAUGGGUUCUGUGGAGAAGGGCAAAACCAACUCUGUUGUUAUUUGUUCAAAUGCAAGCAGUAGGAAAUGUAAUAGUCCCUUAAAUCAGGAAGUCACAGAAUUGGACAUUGAAACCAAUACAUUUUGCCCUCCUCCUCUGUAUUACACUCAUUUGACCCAAGAAAAGAGGCCUCCUACGUGGGGUAAAAUGACAUUUGUGCCACAAGUUAAUAUGCCUGAGGAACUGGAUGGUGUUUUUCAAGAAGAAAAGCUUGUAAAUCCGCCAACAUGUAUUAGUCCUCUAAAACAAGUGAAUACCACAACAAAUGAGAGCCCUUCGGUGCUUACGGACUCUCCAACACAUGUUCAGGAUAUAGCAGCAAGUAAUCAGAAGACAUGUCACCCUCAAACAGAACAAAAUAGAAUAAAUACUAUAAGGCAGCUGCCUUUGUUAAAUGCUUUGUUGGUUGAGUUGUCCUUGUUAUACAACCAGCCCAUGGCAAGCCCUGCUGAUAUACAUCCUCAUCUAGCCUGGUUAUAUAGAACUGAGGAUAAGGCACCAGACUCUUCUGCCAAAUUCACAUGUAAAUCUGAAUCCAAGAAGGAAAAACUUUCUGUGGAGGAAAAGGGAAAGUCAGUGAGCCUUCACUACAGAAAGAAUCAAGUUGAAAAUCUCGAAAAAGGUACAUAUUUUGAAAAGAACAGUGCUGUUCCCCAAAAACGAGUUCCAAAAGGGAGGCUACUUUAUGGUAUAACAAAUACACUGAAACUUCGUUUGAAGCAAACAAAUCCUGAUAUGUUGGUAGUACAUGAAAAGAGAGAACAGUAUAGAAAAAUGCAAGCACAGAUGUUGGGGGCAAAACUCAGAAUCCCAUCAUCCAAAGUUAAAGUGUUAAGAUGUGCAGAACAACUUCAGAAAUCACAUCGCCUACCUGAAGAUCAGUGUUUGGAUUCAGAUGGAUCUUUUGCUGAUAAUACUGAUACUUCAAGGCAAAUUAGCAGGGUUUUUGAUGACCCUAGCAGAACUAAAGAAGCUAAACUAAAAUCUGUAACUGAAAAAAAGACAGUUGAUUAUAGUGAAAAUAGAACCAAUAGUGGUUCAUUGGAAGAAAUAAGUGCUGUGAAGUCCAUUAUGUCAGAAAAAUUUACUCAGACAAAUAUUUUAGAGGGAAAAGUGGAGAUGAAAGUCCAAAGUCCAUGUGUUUGCCAACAAGGUGCUAUUAUUGACAGAAUUGUAGUUGAUAAAGAAAGAACUAACAAGCAGGUCAAAACCACAGAUAAUGACGUGCUUAUUGCUAAUAUAAGUGAAAAUAAACUGAGUAAAAAUAGUUGCUCUGAAAGCAUCUCAGAACUAAAGUAUUCAGAUGACUUUGCCAGUCCUUGUUAUUCUGAAGAUUUCUGUACUACUGAGGACACCAGCAGAAGUUUACAGGCUCGUGAUGACAGUCCAGAAAAUCCAAAACGUCAAUAUACAAGUAAGUCUAGUGAAGCAAGACCGUCCUUAAGGAAAAACAGCAGUGAAAAAAGUUCUAUUCUUAGCCCACCUUUUUCUGCUGGAUCACCAGUACACUCAUAUAAAAGAUGUCAUAUUUCAAAGACUCGGCAUAAAAGUUUUGAAGAAGCAUCUAGUAUUUCUACCAGUGAUUUAUCUUCAUCACAUUGGACUGAGGAAAAAGAAAAGCAGAUAGACCAAAAUAGUAUGCAUAGUUCCAAAGUUAUAAAGAAGGGUCAAGACAUCUCUGUUAAAACAAAAACUGAUUGCAAAGCUUUAGAAAAAAAUCAGUCACCGAGGACAUCUCAAGUGAGUUCUUAUCUACCAUCUAAUUUGUCAGGAUUAGAACUUAAUGCCCUGGAUAGCAGUACGUCAGAUCAGUUUGAAGAAGACAGCGAUGAAGUUGGUUCACUAAAUAUUUCCAAGCAAUGCAAAGACAUUUGCGAAUUAGUAAUAAAUAAACUUCCAGGAUAUACGGUAUAAAAAUGAUGUGCUUUUAAAAACUAUGAAUAUUUUUUUGCAACCUAUGUGUACUGCUAGUUAAAAUUUUUUUUAAUAACUUUCUACAUUUUAAUACCCAAAUUAUGUAAAUAAUGCUUUUCAAGAAAUAGAAAUGUUUGUUAUUCCUUUGAUAUUUAAAUAAUAUUCUAAUAAAUAUGACAAUAUUGAUCAUGAAAUCACUUUAUAACCUAGGUAAGAGUUCUUUCUAAAUUGUUGUUUUAUAAGUUUCUUACUAAAGUAUCAAAGUACCUUUCUAAAGCAGGCUUCAGAUACACCACUGAAUAAAGAAGGCUAGUUAAUAAGGGUAGUCUCAACUUAUAAUGCAAAUAGAUAAUUUAACAAAUGCAAUAGACUUACUGCGUGAGGUGCAAAAAGGUGUAAGGUGUAAAAGCCUGUGCUGUUACACGAGCUUAUCUUUCUAUAUAGAUAACUGAUUCUUUAAGGCUUUGAAUCAGUUAUCUAUAUAAAACUAGUUUUCAGAUAUAUAAUGCAUAUCCCCAAGUUGAAGUCUCUUAUUUAGUCAUACAGCUCUAUACCUUUCUCACCACAGUUUGUAUGAUUACUUGAUUAAUGUUUUGUUUCCAACAGGAUUAGGUUCCAUGAUGCAAGAAAUCAUAUCUGUUUUUCACCUAGCACAGUCUGCGAUGGAAGGUUCUAUGGUAACAAACCAAAAAACCCACUGCUGUCGAGUCGAUUCCGACUCAUAGCGACCCUAUAGGACAGAGUAUAGAAGGCACCAUAUCUGUUUAGUACCUAGCACAAUCUCUGGCAUGUGGUUGGGGUGCAAUAAAAAUGUCUGUUGAAUAAAUGAAUGAAAGCCAGGCAUUUAAUACCUAAUGAGGGGAAGUAGAAUUAAGCAAUAGAAAGAAGCAAAACCCUACAAAUAAACCUACAGAAAAUCCUUUUUGGAGAUAUGUUUUUUUUAAGUGUAAUAUCCUCUGUUUUCCUGGGUAUGAACAGCCUUCAGGUGUUCUACGAAGUCCUUGGAGAGAGGAGUUUUAAAAAGAUGUCUUUACAGUUUCUUGAAUAGGUAUUCAGUUUGUCAUUUUAGGUUUUUCAGUAGUUUUGUCUUUUUUCAAUGCAUGAAAGUUUUUAUAAAGUCUGAUGACCAUUUUCUUAUAAAUUCUUGCAUUGCUUUUAUACUUAAACUUUGUUCUGUUUAGAUAUUUACAUAUGCUGUAUUUUAGUUGUGUUAUACUUCAAUUUUUACACUUAAAUUUUUAAUAUAUCUGUUAUAUAUUUGAACGCAUGAGCCCCUCAUUUUCAUUUACUUAGACAAGUAAUUGAAUAAUUAUAUGGGAACUAUGGUUUGAAACAGACCUCUGGUGGCACAGUGGUUAAGAGCUAGGCUGCUAACCAAAAGGUCCGGUAGCUCGAAUCCACCAGCCACUCCUUGGAAACCCUAUGGGGCAGUUCUGCCAUACACUAUGACUCGGACUCGACUCUUUGGGCAUUGGGUUUUUGUUUGUUUAUGGCUUGAAUGAUUGUGAUAAUAGAUAGGAUUUAGAUAGAUACUGAGAAGAGGAUGUUAUGUUUUGGGGAACAGUAUGAAUAAAAGAAUGAUGACGAGAAUGAGCAUAAUAUAUUCAUGGGAAAGUAAGAAUAUUGAUUAGAUUGGUUCAUACAACACAGUGGUAGAAAAGAAAUUUGUUGAGUAAGGAAAAUCCCAGGUUGUAGAGAGCUUUGAAUGCCAAGCAUAAUAAUGAAGUCCUAAGCAAUAGGACCAAUAAAAUAUUUUAAAUUAUAAAUGAUAACUGGUAAGUAAUCAUGACAUUUUUUAUUAUUUUAAAUUAUCAAAAAUAAUUUCUUAGAGUUACAGAAAUUAUAGCAGUUUUGAAAUAUAGAAUGUUUUCAGUGGCUAUGGUCUUAAUUUUUCUGUAAAUAGAAAGCAUAUAUCAUCUCACAAAAUGAAAAUAAUUUAAUGCCAGGCACUGUAGCUAGAGCAGGCAGUGAUGGCUCAGUGGCAGAAUUCUCACCUUCCAUGCAGGAAACCUACUACCUGCCUAUCGGUGGAGACUUGUGUGUUGCCAUGAUGCUGAAAUGUUUCAACAGAGCUUCCAGACUAAGAUGGUCUAGAAAGAAAGGCCUGGAGACCUAUUUCUGAAAAUAAGCCAAUAAAAACUCUGUGGGUCACAACGGUCUGAUCCUCACUUGAUCAUGGGGGUGGUGCAGGACCUGGCAGCAUUUUGUUCCAUUUUGCAUGGGGGCCAACUCAACAGCAGCUGACAACAACUGUAGCUAGAUAAUUCAAAUGACUUCAAUUUAGUGUGUAUAUUUUCAAGAGCAAUUUUUCAUUGAAAGAGACAAAAAGCUAUAGACAAUAUCAGAAAUCAUCAAAGAAAUAAUUACUUAAAACCAACUUUUAUUUAUUUGGUUGAAAGUACUAUGUUACUGUCUAUGAUGAGAAUAGAUGAGGAAAAUGAUGAGUUCAUUGUGUUUAAGGUACUACCACAAAGACUAUUGAACUGUGCACUUUAAAUUGCAGAACUGAAUAGCUGAAUAAGCUUUUGAGUUAUCCCAUUAGUACUUAGUUCUAGAAUUGUGGUGUUGGUUUUCCUAGCAUAAUUCUAGUGGGAAUACUUACUUUCAUGUAUUUUGUACUCCUGUCUGCAUUCUGUCUUCAAAUUCUAUUUCAUGUUUUAAUUCUACAACUUACUUAAAAAACCCACCCAUUAGAAUUCUACAAUAAACUUAAUUUUUUAAGAAUUUCGUAAUAGAUGCCAAUCCUGUAGCCUUAUUUAUUUCCUUAUUUGCUUAAAAUAAUUGAACCAUGAGAUAGUAUUUCAAGGUCAUCAAUAAGGGAGACCCAUCAUUUACUUGUAAAACUAAGGUAUUGCAAUCAAACUUUCCUGAACAACAUGAGCAUUUCAGCUGCUAUGGGCAAGGCUGAGUGGAUGAGGGUCUAAGAAGCAAAAUGAGCCGCAGAAAUAAGACCUGUGUGUAGUACUAAUGCUUGCAGUUUGGGAGGCAGCUGUCAAUAAUGGCAAGUCCUUUCAACUGGUGUAUAAACAGAUCCCAAGAUGACUGUACAGAUGCAUACAGUAUGCUUUU